GUGCAAAGGUUUCCUUUAUUUCUGCUCAGAACUUGACAAAAGCCACAUGGGAAGAGACUGACAGUGUGAAAUGCUGCUCCUUAUAGCCACAAUGGCAACGUCAUCUGAAGAAGUGUUACUGAUUGUAAAGAAGGUACGUCAGAAGAAGCAGGAUGGAGCUCUCUACCUUAUGGCUGAAAGGAUAGCAUGGGCACCUGAAGGCAAGGACCGAUUCACCAUCAGCCAUAUGUAUGCAGACAUAAAAUGCCAGAAAAUCAGUCCAGAAGGUAAAGCGAAAAUUCAGCUUCAGCUAGUAUUGCAUGCAGGGGACACAACCAACUUUCACUUCUCCAAUGAAAGCACAGCAGUGAAGGAGCGAGAUGCAGUAAAGGAUCUUCUUCAACAACUGUUGCCCAAGUUCAAAAGGAAAGCUAAUAAAGAACUUGAGGAGAAGAACAGAAUGCUGCAAGAAGAUCCUGUUUUGUUUCAGCUCUAUAAAGACCUUGUUGUGAGCCAAGUAAUCAGUGCUGAAGAAUUCUGGGCCAACCGUUUAAGCCUGAAUGCAGGGGAUAAUUCUGCAGCACCUAGUAAGCAGGAUGUGGGCAUCUCUGCAGCAUUUCUGGCUGAUGUACGGCCUCAAACAGAUGGCUGCAAUGGUCUGAGGUAUAAUUUGACUUCAGACAUCAUUGAAUCCAUAUUUCGAACAUAUCCUGCAGUAAAAAUGAAAUAUGCAGAAAAUGUUCCCCAUAACAUGACCGAGAGGGAAUUCUGGACACGAUUUUUUCAGUCUCAUUAUUUCCAUCGGGACAGGCUCAAUACAGGCUCAAAAGACCUAUUUGCAGAAUGUGCCAAACUGGAUGAAAAAGGGUUAAAAACAAUGGUGUCUCAAGGAGUGAAAAACCCUCUGAUAGAUUUAACAGCUUUGGAAGAUAAAACAUUAGAUGAAGGCUAUGGCGUUGCUUCUGUGGCCUCUACAUCAAACGCGUCAAAAUCCGCUAGAGAAAGUAGCAAUGCUGCCAUUAUAAAACGCUUUAAUCAUCAUAGUGCCAUGGUCCUUGCAGCUGGCCUCAGGAAACAAGAAGCACAAAAUGACCAUUACAGUGAGACCAGCAGUACGGAUGGAAACUCCAGGGAUUCAGAUUUCUUUCAACCACCACUGAAAAAGGUGAAACUGCAGGAGUCCAUUGAAUAUGAAGAUUUAACAAAGAAUAAUAGCAUUAAAACUAUUGCACUAAACUUAAAGAAGUCUGAUAGGUAUUAUCAUGGUCCAACUCCAAUUCAAUCACAGCAAUAUGCAACCAGUCAGGAUAUAAUUAAUUCUUUUCAUAGUAUUAGGCAAGAAAUGGAAGCAUAUGUACCCAAACUAACUCAGGUUCUUUCAAGUGGUGAUGCUGCUAGCACUAUUGCAGUCCUGUCACCUGGAGGAGCACUUAUGCAGGGUGGAACACAGCAAGCCAUAAACCAGAUGGUGCCAAAUGACAUUCAGUCUGAACUAAAACACUUGUACGUGGCAGUAGGGGAACUGCUACGACACUUCUGGUCCUGCUUCCCUGUUAACACGCCAUUCCUAGAAGAAAAGGUUGUGAAAAUGAGGAGCAACUUGGAAAGAUUUCAGGUUACAAAGCUCUGCCCAUUCCAAGAAAAGAUUCGGAGACAGUAUUUAAGCACAAAUUUGGUAAGUCAUAUAGAAGAGAUGCUGCAGACGGCCUACAAUAAGUUCCACACAUGGCAGUCCCGGCGUAUGCUGAAGAAGACGUGAACAUGCAUGCUGUACAGGUUUGAGAGCAAAAUCUGCAAUAGGUAUAGGAGUACAACCUAGCAUAUGUGCAGAUCUUAUAGUUGUUGCAGGAAGACCUGCAAGCUGUGGACUUCUGGAAAUGAUGCUAACUGAACUUGCACAUUUUUGAAAAAGAACUGAGAUUUAAACUUGAAAACUAGGGAGAAAAACAAGGAAGAACCAAAACAGAAGAGCUGAGGCGCAAAAAUAUUUAAAAGACACUGUUUACUGCAGUUACUCAGGAACUGCUUUUGAUUUGCAUAAAGAGCUGCUUUCAGAAAUAAAUUUAAAGAGGGUGUAUUAAUAAAA